AUGGAUAUAUUGUGCGGCGGGGUUCCCGUCGCAGGGUCAAUUCUCGAGGCAUUUGCCGCCGCAUUGCUUUGCCAGCCUGCGAGGGAUGGUUGGCGCCGCAAUGCCAUGAGAGCUUUGAAUGGCGGAGGAGCUGUUGUUGCAGGCAUUGUAUUGCGGUUGCCUUCUUCACCCAUCGAAGAAGAAGACACACCAUUUUUUAUCUGUGUAUCGCUGGGCAGCGGUACAAGAUGCGUUGGCUACGAGCCUCCGUUGUGUUCCUCAGAGGCGGAUAUUUUCCUUCGGGAUGGACAUGCAGAGGUGAUGGCCCGACGUGGUUUUGUCGCAUUUUUGCUGGACGCGGCAUUGUACCUUGCGCAGUCGGAAAGCGGACAUCACCCGUUUGUGGAACGUUGUCACUUUCUCUGUAAGGGUCCGGAAGGAAAGAAAGAUGUUGACACUAUGUGGCAGUGCUUUCGGUUACGUAACGGAGUGACAGUUCACCUUGUUAGCACCGAAUAUCCCUGUGGAGCCAUGUCUAUUCCGCGUGGUGGAGGCCAUGUACUGCUGUCGACUCCUAGCGGUGAAUCGCUUUCUUCAGCCACUGGCAUCGAUUCGGCUUCAAAGAAGGAUGAGCCGUUCUUUGCGUCCUGCGAUGCGGCUGCAACGGAUGCUCGUCCGGCUAUAUUGUUUUAUGGGCAUGCUAUAGCUGCCCAUCGCAGUCAUCCCGCCGAAGAAAUGCUGCAUGUGGGACGUGUGAAGCCUGGUAAGGGCCGCCAAAACCUUUGCAUGUCGUGUUCCGAUAAGUUGCUUCGAUGGCAUUGUUUGGGUGUUCAGGGCAGACGACGGGCGCGACUUUUUCCAAGGCCUAUGAGUCUCACAAGUGUGUGGCUUCCACAGACACCGGAUGGUUCUGCUGCUGAUAGUACCGAUUACGGUGCAUCCAGGUAUUGUUCUCUGGAAGACGCAAUUAGAGCUUUGAAUGGUCGUAUUUGUUAUUUUUGUCCCAUGGUGUCUUUAGAAGGGGGAGAUGAUAGUCCAAAAGGGAAUUCCCAGAUGCCUCACAGCAUGCCGGCUCCCUUUCCCGUUAGUUUUUAUGGAUUCAAGCCGUUAUUUUUUCGGUCGCUUCUCACCAAAUCUGCCUGUACUGCCGAUACACGAGAGAAAGAUGAUUGUGAUGCGGACAAGAAUGGGAAAAGUGACUCCGCUUGGUCCCGGAGUGCGUGGCUCAAGAUGGCAUCUGGAGUGAAAAAUGACUCCAUUUCAAUGUUGCGAUCAAAGAGGCAACGAGAAGUUGACACGUCUGAAAUGAAUAACGAUGCUCUCAGUUGGAGGAAGGGUGGUGUUACUGUACUAAACACCAAGGCCGGUCUUCCCCGCGGCAUCACGAAGCAGGAUGCGGAGCGCACUGCCCAUGAGUUAUUAAGACUACAGUCGGUCCUUUUAGGAGAUGGAGGCCACACAAACACCGCGGAUGAUGCAGCGCUGGAGGUUAUAGCGAAACGUUUUCCACUUUCCCGGCUAUGGAUGGCGCAGCAACAGCGAAGAGUCAUGCAGUGCCUCUCACGGCAGCGAAACGAUACGUCCAUGGGGACUCUUUCACUGUUGGGUAAAGACGGUAGCCAGAAGCAUGUUGGUGGUAUGACCAUUAGCUCGUUCCCUCUGCCGGUACUUCUUUUUCCUCUCGAGGGGGCGAAGGAGCAGGAGGCUGUUGUGGCAGGGGGUUCUGCGCAGUAUUGGCUUCAGCGAGCACGCCAGAGCAGAAACGCCAUGAUGAAUCCAUUGAGAAAUGAAGGGGGCACGUCAGCGCACAUACCGCUUUUGUGGGUGGAGAAGGGACUUUCCGUUUAA